CUUUCACCAUUUGAACUCGUCCGAGACCAUACGUGUUUGAAUUGCACGACAAGAGCUUCUCGCACACACCCACGUCAACAGGGAGCAGAUCGGAUUUAUCCGGGCGAUAAUUAACCUCUCGAAAAUUUAAGACUCUUGUCAGAAAAUAAACUUCGGUGCCCUCGCUCAUCUCAGAAAAAUGGCAACCGAAAAUACCCCUGCUUUCAACAAAGUGUUGUAUGCACCUCUUGCGGAGAUCGACCCAGAGGUAAAAAAUAUCAUCGACAAGGAAACAUGGAGGCAGUUCACCGGCCUUGAACUGAUCGCCUCAGAGAACUUGACCAGUCUUGCAACCAUGGAAGCCAACGGAUCGAUCCUCACUAACAAGUACUCGGAAGGUCUCCCUGGUGCUCGCUACUACGGUGGUAACGAGUACAUCGACGAACUCGAAGUUCUUUGUCGCAAGCGAGCCUUGAAAGCGUUCAACUUGGACCCGGCAAAAUGGGGCGUCAACGUGCAACCUUAUUCGGGUAGUACUGCAAACUUCGCAGCCCUGACCGCUCUUAUCCAACCCCAGGACCGUCUUAUGGGUCUUGGUCUUCCUGAUGGCGGUCACCUCACUCAUGGUUACUACACGGCUAAGAAGAAGAUGACUGCCUCCUCCAUCUACUUCCAAUCUUUCCCCUAUGCUCUGGAUCCGUCGACGCAGCUGAUUGACUAUGCCGGUCUUCGCAAGCAAGCCAAAAUUUUUAAACCCCGUCUGAUCAUCUGUGGUGCCUCUGCUUAUCCUCGGGACUGGGACUACAAGGCCCUCAGGGCUGUCUGUGAUGACGGGGGAGCUUAUCUCAUGGCUGACAUUGCUCACACCAGUGGUCUGAUUGCCGCACAAGAACUUAACAGCCCUUUCGAUUACUGUGAUGUUGUCACAACCACAACGCACAAAACCCUUCGUGGUCCUCGCGCGGGUCUGAUCUUCUUCAGGAAAGACGGUGCCAACUACGAAGAUCUAGAGAAACGUGUGAAUGAUGCCGUUUUCCCUGCAUGCCAAGGUGGCCCCCACAACAACACCAUUGCUGCGGUCGCCACAGCACUCCUGCAGGUUUCUCAGCCUGAGUUUAAGGAGUACGCACGUCAGGUGAUCGCAAAUGCGAGGAUGUUGGGAUCUUCUCUCCGCGAACAUGGGUACAAGCUUCAAACAGAUGGAACUGACAACCAUCUCGUACUCUGGGACCUCCGCCCGCUAGGUUUGACAGGCAGCAAGGUCGAGAAAGUUUGUGACCUCCUUGGGAUCACGAUCAACAAAAACGCAGUAUCUGGAGACGCUUCUGCCCAGACUCCCGGGGGUAUUCGACUUGGCACAUCUGCGCUAACCUCACGCAACAUGAAGGAGGAAGACAUCAAGGUCGUGGCUAACUUCCUUCACCGUGCCAUCCAGCUCUCUAUGACUCUCCAGAAGGAGGCUGGUACUAAAAUGCUCAAAGACUUCGUCCGCGUUGCCACGACCGAGACCGAAGGCAAAGUUGGUGCCAAGAUGGUGAAGGAGCUCCGCCACGAGGUCGUCACGUUCGCCCGCAAGUGGCCUCUGCCUGGUGUAAAUGUGGCCGGGCUCCAGCGCCCCGCUGGGAUCGAGGAGGACUUCUAAGUUAAAAUCCUCUCUUGAAUACUUUUUUCCACUUUACUCUUUGGAUCCAGAUGAGAAUGCUGAGAUGAGAACGACUUCAACGAUCACCUUGCAACCAUAGUGGACAUUCAACAUCGUUCACGUAGCAUGCUGUAUUGUUAUUGAUGUAGUACUAAUGAUGUGCUGGCAGCCUUUGCGCUUUUGCAAAGGUUGUGACUUAGGAAUUGUUACGAAAAUACGUGGUUUGUGUCGUGGUACUAUAGAUCGCGCUUUGAGACUUCCAAAAUUACAAUGGUGGAGGUAGAGUCAUAGGAUGGACCUAUCUGCUCUACGCGCUUUGCCUCGGUGGGAGAGUACCCGGGUUACUGAGGUAGACCACGUCUGUGCUGUCGAGGGUAU